GCAGAGAGCAAGCAAAUUUAAAUAGAGCAAGCAAAGUUAAAUAGAGCAAAAGGCCUCACGGUAACCCACAUAGGUCUAACUAUGGAUCGAGUUGCCAUAUGUACUUAUGUGAGUUAUCAUUGGCUUACUCUAGAGAUAAGGGCACAAGUUGAAGCAAUAACUAUCAAUUGGGAAGCAGAACUUGAUUUGUUACCUAGUGCAACAAUGAAACAUCAAGAAGAAGAGGAGAACACCUUAUCUUUGGAGAUUGGAGGACAACUUGGAGAAGUAAAAAGCAUACCUGCAAAAACUAAACAAGAGGAUGUCCCUAAGGAGGAAGAGGAAAAAGCUCAAGUGGCAUUUGAAGUGUCCAAUAAGGAGUCUCCAUUAACUAAAUCUGAUUUUAAUGAUUAUUUUGUUAUUGAUAUAGUUGAUGAGAUUUUGCAGAAAAACACUUAUGAAGAUCCAUUUGAGAUUGACCUUAUUCAAGCAAAGGACUCAAUCAAAGAAUACAUAAAUUGCUUGAACACAUCAUCUUCCUUGAAAUCAAAGGGGGCACUCCGAGAAGAAUUGGGAAGGCACAUCUGCUAGCCUAAACCCAAACCACCUUAAAAUAGUCAUUGGAGAAAAUCUUAUGGUGGAUUCAGCUUAAGGGCAAAAAAGCCAAGAUUCAAGAAAACAAGAGGACAUGCCCUACGACCUAAUCUAAAACCACCUUGGAGUGGUAGAAAGUCUAGUUAAUGACUAUAAAUUAAGCGCUUCUUA